AUGCAACAAUGGGUCAGAAUCAUCUCCUGCUGGAACAGCCCCCAGCUGACCGCACCACCGCCUGCUGAGGAAUGUGAAGUGAAAACAGGUGGUAAAGCCAGAGCCAAGGUGAAGACUCCCUCCUCCCAUGCUGGAUUGCAGUUUCCAGUCGGCCAUGUACACCACCUGCGGGGGGGCAGCUGUGCGGGACAUGUGGGUGCCAGAGCCCCCAUUUACCUGGCGGCUGUGCUCGUGUGUCUGGCCGCUGGGAUCCUCGAGCUGGCCAGCAGCGCUGCUCGGGUGGGCAGGGACUCUGGCACCCACGCGCUCCACGUGGUUACCCUUCCUCGGCAGGCGAUGGCGCGGUCGGCUGGGAAUGCGGUCCGGCACAGGAUGAUUUUGUUCUAA